AUGUCUAGAUCUGGGAUAAAUGGAAAUUUUAUUGAUAAAACCUUUUCAAUUGUAGCCAAUAUCUUAUUACGAAUAAUUCCGACAACUUCGGGAGAAAAAGAGGCAUUCACCUAUUACAGAGAUGGUAUGUCGGCUCAAUCCGAAGGAAAUUAUGCGGAAGCUUUACAGAAUUAUUAUGAAGCUAUGCGACUAGAAAUUGAUCCUUAUGAUCGAAGUUAUAUACUCUAUAACAUAGGCCUUAUCCACACAAGUAACGGGGAACAUACGAAAGCUUUGGAAUAUUAUUUUCGGGCCCUAGAGCGAAACCCAUUCUUACCACAAGCUUUUAAUAAUAUGGCCGUGAUCUGUCAUUACCGGGGAGAACAGGCCGUUCAACAAGGGUAUUCCGAAAUUGCGGAGGCUUGGUUCGAUCAAGCCGCCGAGUAUUGGAAACAAGCUAUAGCGCUUACUCCUGGUAAUUAUAUUGAAGCACAGAAUUGGUUGAAGAUUACGAGGCGUUUCGAAUAA